AUGCUGCGGUGGACGUUGCGCGCGCGUCGCCGCGUGAGCCUCUGGGGUCCGCCAGGGACACUGUCACGCUCUGCCAGGGGUGUGCCGACACUCUCAUCCGAUUCCCCCGCUCUAACACGCAAUUUCCAGGUCGUUCUGUCGCCAAAACCAACUCGAACGGACGCAUGUCAACCUCUUGCUGCGACGCUGCAGCUGCCAACCCGCUUCUACUCUCAACCAGCGGCCAGCAGCAGCGUCGCUACUAAGCCUGCCAUGUCCACGGAAGACCGGGCUCUAGCGAGGAACUAUCGGGAGAGACUGGAAUCGGCUCCGGAUGACGCGGAGCUCGCUCGACUCGUGCUUGAAGACAUCCGGGAAGGUGGCGGCACUGCGCUGUCGCAGUUUGUGGCCUCGAGCAUCUUCAGCACUUUGGCGAGAGAGGGUUCGAUAAGCGAGUGUCGGGAGGCGGUGGAGUACGCGUGGAGGCUAGGCAUGCGGCUGGAUACCAAGACGGGGCUGACCAACUUUGAUACUCAGCAAUACACGACGGUGCUUGGUGUGUGGGACGCUGUCCACGAAGAUGGAGGCAAGAUUGAACCGUUCUACAACAUCACAGCAUUGAUCGCGGCCGUCAAUUUGGAGCAAAGUGACCGAGUUUUUGACAUUCUGGAUGCCAUGAAAGCUGGUGGUGGAGACACCGCCAAGGCGUACGGAUACGUGGUGGUAGCUGCUUGUCAGCACAAGCAGUAUCAAUUUGUGCAGCGUCUGUUAGACUACAUGCACGAAGUCGGCGACGAUACCGCGCUUGUGUACCGCACCGCUAUUGGAUGGGCCGUCAAAAUGGGCGAGAAUGGCUUCGUCUUCGAUCUCCUGCGGCACAUGGGCGAACACGAUGUGGAUCGACAGACCUGGUACAGGAGCUUCGUCAUGUCGUCGCACAAGAACAGAUUAUACGACCAGAUUCUGGACGUGUUCGAAUCAAUGAGAAGUUCAGGGCACAAGUGCGACGACGAUACGUACGAGGUUAUCGUAAGAGCGGCGGUUAACCUAAGGAAGCGCGCCUUGGUGUUUGACUUCCUGGAGAUGAAAGGGCAAUUCUGCGCGGCGGAGAUUUCGACAGACUUCUUUUGCAGAUUAGUGGGGACGGCGGUGAAGACACAGCAGCAUGCGCUUUUGAUGGGCGUUCUUGACUACAUGCACCGCGCCGAUUCAGACGCAUUAAUCGCGUACACUGCUGCCGUUCGAACCUCGUUCAAGUUGAAGCAGUACGACUCUGUCUUGGAUAUCUUGCGGAAAAUGAACGAGAUUGGGCUGGACUCGAGGGAGGAGUACACUCACGCUGUGAUGUCAUUCAGUAAACUGGAGUGCUAUGGCCACGUUCUGCGUGCCUUCAAAGCUAUGCGCGAUCGCGGCUACGAGCAGGAAGAGCCCCUAUUUAAGGUUGCUGUACGAGCAGCUAUCAAGUUGGACAGACCUGACGAUGUAGUUGCAAUCUGCAACGGAUCGGGCAUUAAGUUGCCCGAGUCCAUGCGUUUGUACUCGUACGCGUUGAAGAAAGCUCGCGCAGCGAACAAGCAGGCCUUGGUCGACACCAUUUUGGGGCAUAGAAGCAAGACCAACAAGGCUGUGAAGCAGUCCGUCACCGCUUCGAAGAAGCCCACUACUGCUGCGAAGGUGCCUCGCCCUGCUGAACCUGGAUCAGAUGACACACGAGCAGUACCUGCAAUACUGGCGGAGUACUUGGAGAAACUACCCAACAGCAUUGAAGCUCUUAGCGCGGCACUGCUCCUGGCUGACAAGUCCGAGAGCAUGAAGGAGAUGGUGCCGAGAAUUCUGGAUCAUUUGCUGGAAAUCGCCGUUAAUCCAAGUUCCGUUAUUCGGCCAUGCUGCACCAGGCAAAUCGGGCAAAACGGCAUUCGCUGGUGA